AUGCCCGCUGUAUCGCCUGUCAGCGCUCUGAACUUUCUCACCGCCCGAGCCAAUGAUGCGGCCUCGAACGCCUCAAGUACAUCCGCCCAGGGCAUACAAGUCGUCUGUGCCUGGCCAGUCUCGAGCCAAUAUGGGCCAAGUUCCAGGGUUCUCUACUAUAUCCUCAUUUGCACUUGCGUCUUUGCCCGUAAAGCCGAUUGGCUACGAAACGCUUGCGUCGGUCUGGCUUUGCUGCUUCCCGUCACCGCCGCUCUCCAUGGGAUAGUCCUGUCGGCCGUACACACUGAUGGAGCGGUCGAUAUGGAUGUGUAUGGAGCCUUUCAGCUGUGCGCUAUUGGUGUUCUUGCGGCUCCUGUUGCUGUGCGGCAUUCGACGACAUACUUCAAUGAUCCGGGGAGGAAUUUGAUUUUUGUUUGGACAGUGGUUCUGCUGAGUGGCCUGAUCAGCCUCGCCGUGGAAUUCUAUCGCAUCAACACCACACUCUGCCAGAAUGACAACUUCGGCAAUCCCAUCACUAGCGUCCGCUCCUUUCCUUAUGGCAAUGCCAACUGCACCUUCCCUCGCUGCUCCACUGAAGAAGGUCCCUUCAGUCCCGUCCGCGGAGGCGCUGCGAAUAAUAUCUACAUCAUACCAGCGCCAACGAGGCUCACUUUCCGUACUGCGACUUUGCUAGCAGCAGCGUGUUGUAUUCCUGCGAUCUUGCUACUGGUUUCCAUGUGGUUCAAAAUCCUGGAGUCAAUCUGGAACAGCAACGACGGCGUGCUCCAUCGCCACCAGACCGGACCACCGUCCACCGACUCACCACCCUCUUCAGACCCACCGCCUGAGCCCAAACGCAGUCCAAUCCCUCACCUCAUCCGCUCCUACGGCGAACCCACCUUCUUCACUCUCACAAUCCUCACCAUCCUCCUCCUAGGCGAGUUGAACCUUUUCUCACCUCAGGUCCGCUACCAGCAAGAACCUCUAGGCAAUAUCGGACAAUGGUCUCCUCUGGCCGGUACAAUCCUCGGUAUCAUCGGUUCCUUGUAUCUCCUUCUCACGCAAGCCAUCACAGAAGAGAAACAUGCACCCGGCGGAGAAGGACUAGGUCGACGGAGCGCUCGAGGCGCAAUGGAAGUCGGCGAGUGGUUCGGGAACGUAGCGAGAAAAGUCUUCGACGACUCCGAGUUUAGACGAGGCAAAGCGAUGGGGUAUCCGGAGGUUCCUGGCGAGCGGGAGAGAAAUCCGGGUUUGGGAGAUACGAUCUCGAUUUAUAGUCCGAGUAUACGCCGGGGUUCGGGCGGGAGUGAUGAUUCGGGGAGGAG